AUGUCAGCCAUCCUCUCUGCCGACGAUCUGAACGAUUUCAUAUCCCCCGGCGUCGCUUGUAUAAAACCGAUCGAAACCCUUCCCACCGCGCCACCACCACAAGCUUCCGAAUCUCUCGAAUUCGAAGUCAUCCUCGACGGUCAGCAACCCUCUGCCUCACAACCCGCAGGCCCGGCGCAAAUAUCCCUCACCGACUGCCUAGCCUGCUCAGGCUGCGUAACCUCGGCCGAAGCCGUCCUCGUCUCCCUCCAAUCCCACAAUGAAGUCCUCUCCCUGCUGGACUCAGCCCCCAGCCUCGCCCUCUCCCAAGAUGGCACCACCAUAACCACCAACCUCGACGGAAACCCCUCCUCCAAACUCUUCGUCUGCUCUGUAUCCCCCCAAGUCCUCGCCUCCCUCGCCGCCGCGAUAGGAAACAACACCACCCAAUCCCAGGCAGCAAACAUGAUCACCCACCUCCUCUCCAACCCCUCCCUCGGCCUCCCCUCAGGCGGCAGACACAACAACGGCUUCACCUACAUCGUCCCCACCAACCGCGCCCGCGAAGCCUCCCUAGUCCUAGGCGCCGACGAAGUCAUCUCCUCCUCCUCCAACGACAUCAAAAAACCAGUCCUAACCUCCAGCUGCCCAGGCUGGGUCUGCUACGCCGAAAAGACCCACCCCUACGUCCUCCCCUACCUCUCAAAAGUCAAAUCCCCCCAGGCCCUCACCGGCACCCUCCUCAAAACAACCCUCUCCAAAACCCUCAACAUCUCCCCAGACAGGAUAUGGCACCUCUCCAUAAUGCCCUGCUUCGACAAGAAGCUCGAGGCCAGCCGGGAAGAGCUCACCGAUGCCGUCUGGAACAACACCUCCAACAACCCAGCCACAACCGCAACUCAAAAAGGAAUCAGAGACGUCGACUGCGUAAUCACCACCAAAGAAAUCCUCAUGCUCGCCGAAUCACGCAACAUCAAUUUCUUCUCUCUACCUACAACCCCCCUCCCCCAGACCACGCCCUUCCCUCACAAAGCCAUGGGCGAUUUCCUUUUGCCUUUUUCCGCCCCGGGGAAGAAAAACGAACAGCAAUCCCUUUCUGCGGGCACCUCCGGUGGAAAUCUUCAUUACAUCCUCCACACCCUCCUCUCCCAAAACCCCGGUUCAACUUUGACCACCACCCGAGGCCGCAACGCCGACGUAAUAGAGUACUCGAUUCUCUCCUCCUCGGGGGAACAAAUCUUCAAAGCCGCCCGCUACUACGGCUUCCGCAACAUCCAAAACCUCGUUCGGAAGCUCAAGCCCGCCAGACCCCCCCGCAUGCCUGGAGGAAAACCGUUUGGUUCAGCUCGACGACCUGGAAAGGCCGCGGGAGCCACCAACGCGCUGGAUUUCUCCUAUGUCGAGGUGAUGGCGUGUCCGGGGGGUUGCACCAACGGUGGUGGACAGCUCAAGGUGGACGACCCGAUUGUCCUCGAGAGGAUGGGUUUUGGUGGGACCGAAAACAAACCUGGGCCGCAGGAGCAAAAGGCUUGGUUGGAGGUGGUGGAUGAGGCGUACUUUUCUGGUGAUGAUGAGGAGACAUCAUCAUCUGAAAGGACAGAUGAUGGCCUCGUGGUGGCUGGGAUAUCACCCGGUUAUGUUCGGGAUGUGCUGAGGGUGUGGUCGGAGCUGACGUCGGUGCCGGUGGAGAAGUUGGCGUAUACCACCUUUCGGGAGGUGGUUAGUGAUGUGGGAAAGACGCAGACUGACACUGAACGGGUGGUUCAGUUGGCGGGGAAGAUUGGUGGUGGUUGGUAG